GCGACCGCUGCUCGGCAUCCAGACCGAACUCCAUCCCCUCUCUCUCUCUUCACAUCGUCUCUUCACAAGCAGCAAGAGACCAUGUCCGCCGUCAACAAGACUCCUCUCAACCCCACGGGAAUUGUGCCCCACCACACUGAGAUUGAAGAGCAGCUACAUGACAAUGCACGCAUUGACUAUGACCACGUCGCCAUCAUCUACAACCCCUCGGUGCCUUCCUUGUACGAAGAUGCACUCGUCUACGAGUCUGGUUCUGCCAUCACCAGUGCCGGUGCCCUCGCAACCUCUUCCGGCAAGAAGACAGGUCGUUCGCCCAAGGACAAGCGUAUUGUGGACGAGGAGACCUCCACCGACAACAUCUGGUGGGGACCCGUCAACAUCAAGGAGCCUGAGGCUGUCUGGCUCAUCAACCGUGAGCGAGCCAUCGACUACCUCAACACACGCAAGCGUCUCUAUGUCAUUGAUGCAUUCGCUGGUUGGGACCCAAAGUACCGCAUCAAGGUGCGUGUUGUCUGUGCCCGUGCCUACCAUGCUCUGUUCAUGCGCAACAUGUUGAUUCGCCCUACCGAGGAGGAGGCAGCCAACUACGGCAAGCCUGACUUCACCAUUUACAAUGCCGGUGCUUUCCCUGCCAACCGAUUCACCACUGGUAUGACUUCGACCACCUCUGUGGCCAUCAACUUCAAAGCUAUGGAGAUGGUUAUUCUCGGAACAGAGUACGCUGGAGAGAUGAAGAAGGGUGUCUUCUCCGUUCUUUACUACCUCAUGCCUAUCAAGCACAAUGUUUUGACACUCCACUCCUCUGCUAAUGAAGGCAAGGACGGCGAUGUUACCCUCUUCUUUGGUCUUUCCGGAACCGGCAAGACAACUCUCUCUGCUGACCCUCACCGUGCGCUCAUUGGUGACGACGAGCACUGUUGGUCCGAUACUGGUGUCUUCAACAUUGAAGGUGGAUGUUACGCCAAGACUAUCAACCUCACAGCCGAGAAGGAGCCAGAAAUCUUCAACGCUAUUCGAUUCGGCUCUGUGCUCGAGAACGUUGUCUUUGACCCUGAGACUCGUGUCGUCAACUACGACGAUGUCACGCUCACUGAGAACACUCGGUGUGCCUAUCCAAUCGAGUACAUUCCGAACGCCAAGAUCCCUUGCAUGUCCGACAGUCCUCCCAAGAACAUUGUGUUGCUGACAUGCGAUGCUCGUGGUAUCUUGCCACCAGUAUCAAAGCUCGACUCUGCUACCCUGCAAUACCACUUCAUCUCUGGCUACACCUCCAAGACCCCAGGUACUGAGGAAGGUAUCACCGAGCCUGUGUCGACUUUCUCUGCUUGCUUCGGUCAACCCUUCCUUGUUCUUCACCCAAUGAAGUACGCCACCAUGCUUGCUGAAAAGCUCACCAAGUUUGGUGCCGAAGCAUACCUAAUCAACACCGGUUGGGUCGGUGGUGCUGCAGGUACCAAGGCCUCGCGAUGCCCUCUCAAGUACACUCGCGCUAUCUUGGAUGCUAUUCACUCUGGUGAGCUUGCAACUGCCGAGUAUGAGAGCAUGCCUGUCUUCAACCUGCAAGUUCCAAAGAAGGUCACUGGCGUGCCGGACGAGAUGCUCAAUCCCACAAAGUCUUGGUUGGGCUCGCAAUCAGAAUUCGAGGGUGCUGUCAAGGACCUGGCACAACAGUUCCGUGCCAACUUUGAGAAGUAUGCUGACCGAUGCUCAAAAGAGGUCAUCUCUGCUCAACCUGAUGUGUAGAGUGGUCAUAGGGUUUAGGUAGAUAAUGCCUACAAAGGUUCAGAAGCCUACAAAAGAUUUAGAUACUCGUCAUGUUUCUCCUUGAUGAUAUCGCGGA